AUGUCCGAAGUUGAGAAACCUGUUCCGACUCCAGUUGCCCAGACGGAGCCCAAAAAGAAGCUUAGGCUCAAGACCGUGGCCGCAAAGCCCAUCAAGAAGUACAUCUGGCUCGCGGGCCACGUUGUCACGGUGCCUCUUUCCUUGAUCUACUUUGCGUACUACAUCCAAUUCAAGUCUCAUUAUCUGUUUCCAAGAUUGUGCUAUCGGUUUGCGCUAUUCGGCGUUUGGGCAGCCUACUCCAUGACCAUCGCAACACAGUUUUCCCAGAGAGCAAUGCCUUCCUACUUUGCACUGCUAUCGACCCAAAACUUCCAAUAUUUAUCGCUCUCGUUUAUUUGGCAAUUUAACCGCAACUCUCUUUUCAAGCUUUUGCCUUAUUUCUUGAUUUCUGUCCUGCAACUCUCGUUGCACUUCAACAUCAAGCCCGUGCUUAAGUUGGAUAAGGUGUUUAAGGUGGUGAUUGUGUAUAACGAAUUGUUCCUAUUCGUGCUGUUGAUUUUCGACACGAUUUUGCUCAGAGGUACUUCUGGAUAUGCACUUGUCAUGUUUGGUCUGUUCUACUGGUUGAGACUACUUCAUAACGAAAGCACCAGGAAGUUGCUGUACAACGUCCUGGUCAAGCUUGAUGGUCCGCUUUCCAAGUCCAAGAACGACAGAAUCAGAUCACAAUGGCAGAAGAUCAAGGUUAUUUUGAACUCGGAUCAGAAAACUUUACAGAGUGAGUACUCGUAA